AUGAACUAUGUGGAAAUCGGGAAUCGAAAGAUUUUCGUGUCACUUUUCGUCAAUGUCACCUUUAUUUCACAAAGCGAUUUCCAACCAUUCUACAAAACGAUUGUCUUCUUGGAAUGUUUGUUCAUGUCGUUGAUCUUGAUCUUUGCCUCAAUCUAUACCCAUGUUUUCCUUCAAUCAUCCCAUUUUCAUCUCAAUCUUCGUCGUCUUUAUCUCGCUUUCACUUUAACAAUCUACCCAUCAUUGCUCGGAAGAGCGUACAUCAUUUUGGUGCAAUUCAAUUGUUUACCGUUUCCAGGUCCAAUCCCACUUCGUCUCCUUUGCCUCUUCGCGACUUAUGGUCGAAUCAUCAUGAUUGUUUGGGAGGUUCUCUUUGUGUCGGCUGUUGUCAUUGAGAGAGCGGCAGCCACUUUGUGGAUUGAUUUUUAUGAAAGUAUGCAGUUCACAGAGCUCUCCACCCUUCUCAUUGUUCUCAAAAUGGCCAUCUCGCUCAUCACCAUCACUCUUAUCACUCAACUGAUGUAUGAGUGGUAUUUCUUGAUGCUCUUCACAUUGAUGCCCGUCGUUUUACUUAUCGUCAUUCUAUCGUUUAUGCUCUAUCAUGCCCUUUUUGUGUGGAAUGUUCGUCAAUUAAACAAAAUGAAAGCUUUUGGAAUUCAAAAAGAAGCAACAGAAAGAUAUUUAUCGACGAGAUUUCAAUUGGAAGAGAAUGUCAAUGCGUUGACGCUCAUCCGUGCAAUCACCCUCUUUCACGCGUUUUGUGCGCCCUUCUGCGCUCUAUUCUUAGCAAUCCCUUUUUAUUACAUGGAUCUGAACACUGAUUCGGCACAAAUAUUGCUUAUUCUCUUUGAUCUAUCGAUUGCCGUCACCACUCUCGCCUAUUUCGUAAUCGUUUUCUUUUCCGUGGAACCGUGGAGAUUCGAUUUCGUCGAGAUUCUCAGCAAUUUCUCGCGCGUGAAAGCCUUAUCGCAUCUGGGGAAACGUUCCACCCUUGUCGCUCCGAUCGAUGUUGUCGGCGAGAGUGAAAAGUAUUUCCAAUUUUAUGCAAAUGCUUGGAAU